AUGGCGUCGCUCGCAGCGGGGUUCCUACGGCUCGUGCCGGUGGUUGGACCGCCAGCGGCGGCGUUGCUCGUCAUUCUAGUCGACAACGCCGGUGCCGUGUGCCUCGCGCUGCUCGCGAUUUUCGUAUAUCAAUACAUCAACGCGAGUUUUUUCGACCCCGAGGAUCGAAUCUACGGGGUGCGUGCUGACGUGGACGGCCCGGGAAUCACGUACCGCCACAGCCGCUUCCAGGGCCUCCUCGAGACGCCGUUCGCGGGCGCGAGCACCAUCCCGGGCCUCUUCAACAUGUCCGCUAAGAAAUUCCGCAACCGCCGCCUGCUCGGCACGCGGAGAUUAAUCUCCCGCGAGUUCGAAUUCGACGCGAAGAUAGACAAGCAGGUGGAGAGAGUAACUCUCGGGGAGUACGAGUGGGAAUCGUACGAGCGCGUGCACGAGCGCGUGGUGGCGUUCGGCGCGGGGCUGAUGGGGAGCGGCCAUGGGCGCGGGGAGAAGCUGGCGAUGUUUGCUGAGACGCGCGCGGACUGGUUUAUCGCGAUGCAGGGCGCGUUUCAGCACGGGCUUGUCGUGGUGACGGUGUACGCGUCUCUAGGGACGGACGCGCUGGUUCACUCGCUUAACGAGACCGAAGUGGCCACAGUGGUGUGUGAUAGGAAACAGUUUGACAAGCUCGCAGAGGUACACUCCCGCCUCGCUACAGUGAAGCGCGUUAUAGUCAUGGCAGAGCAGAUGGCUGAUAACGAAACCGUCAGCAACGAGGAUCCGCUGCCCAGCACCAUAGGGAGCAUCACAGUACUUCCCUAUGCUGACGUGGAGGCCAAAGGGGUGGAGAGCCCGAUGGAGUCAAACCUGCCGCAGUCGUCUGACCUGGCAUUCAUCAUGUACACGUCAGGAUCCACUGGAGUUCCCAAGGGCGUGAUGAUGACUCACGGCAACCUAGUGGCAGUCUUUGCAGCAGUCAUGGCCCUCGUGCCCGAUGCCGACGAGAACGACUCGUACAUUGCGUACCUGCCCCUCGCCCACUCGCUCGAGCUCACUGCAGAGACGGGCAUGGUAUCGAUAGGAGCAACCAUCGGGUAUGGGUCGCCACUCACGGUGAUCGACGGGGCAGGCAAGCUCAAGCCCGGGGGACAGGGCGACCUGUCUGCUCUACGCCCCACCCUCAUGGCUGCCGUGCCCGCCAUUCUGGAUAAGAUCCGCGAUGGGGUCAGGAGGAAGAUGGCAACGCAGUCCCCCACGGUGCAGCAGCUCUUCGACCUCGCUUACAGCCGUCGAUUGGCGGCGAUCAACGGCAGCUGGGCGGGCGCUUGGGGGCUGGAGAAGCAGGUGUGGGACGCGCUUGUCUUCAAGCGAAUCCGGGCGGCGGUGGGCGGCAGGCUGCGCUACAUGCUGUCGGGCGGAGCACCCCUGUCGCCUGACACACAGCGGUUCAUCAACGUGUGCUUUAACGUUCCCAUUGGCCAGGGCUAUGGCCUCACAGAGACAUGCUCUGGAGGAACCUUCGCAGAAUUUUCUGACACCUCUGUGGGGAGAGUCGGGCCACCUAUCCCCUGCUGCUACAUCCGGCUGGUGGACUGGGCAGAGGGCAACUACCGUGUGACAGACCAGCCGUUGCCUCGGGGGGAGAUCAUGAUCGGAGGGCCGUGCGUCACCCCUGGUUACUGGAAGAACCAGGAGGCCACCGAUGCCGUGUACUCGGUGGACAGCAAGGGCAUCCGGUGGUUUGCAACGGGCGACGUGGGGGAGGUGCAUCCGGACGGGGUCUUCCAAAUCAUCGACAGGAAGAAGGACAUUGUGAAGCUGCAGGCGGGGGAAUACGUGUCUCUUGGGAAGGUGGAGGCAGUGCUGCAAGUGAGCUCCUUUGUCGAGAACGUCAUGCUCUAUGCCGACCCGUUCAAGACCUUCACCAUAGCUCUCGUGGUGCCAUCCAAGCCGGCCCUGGCUGCAUGGGCCAAGGCCCAGGGCGUGGAUAGCAGUGACUAUGCUGCGCUCUGUGCGAAUCCAGAGGCGGUCUCUCAAGUGCUCAAGUCUCUUGCCGUGGUGAGAUGGCUGGCCGAAGGCCAAUGA